AUGUCAGAACCAUUCACCAACUACAUGCGGUACGUGGUGGCCAUCCUGGGGUGUGCUGGAGGUGCCCUGAUAAAUUUUGUCGAGUAUGACUCAUUUUAUAGUGGAGGCCUUCAUCCACUGUUCCUGGAGAUGGUCUACUACGUGGCUCUCAUACAGUUCCCGAUUCCCACAGCAAUUUUAGCGGAACGUACGUCCGCCAAAUCCCUGAUGAUUGUCACGAUGAUUCUCAAAUUUGCAUCACUUGUUCUCCUGGAGACACAGCAGUACGUGAGGGAGAGCUAUUCCAUUGCAGUCAUCAUCGGGAGAAUUCUGCAAGCCUAUGCCACUGCGGCGUUCCCUCCGAUAAUGUACCUCUUCAUCGGGCGGUGGUCUCCACCGAAGGAUCGGGGUAUCAUGGCCAUGAUAAUCUUCUCAGGAUUGCCAAUAGGAUCAAUGUUCAGGCUCGCUCCAUUUUUCCUAUGGGUUAUUUUUCAAAUGCGCACAUUCUACGUUUUUGGGGCUCUCGCACUCCUCUGGAUCGUCCUCUUCUGGCUCCUGGUGGAGGACCACCCUGAGGCAGAUCACUGGGUGUCCCAGAAGGAGAGGACAAUUAUAUUGGAGCAACUCCAUAGGUCAGAGGGUGAGUAUCUUCGGAAGCUGCAGCCCUUCCCGUUUAAGGAAGUCUUCACGUCGAUGCCCUUCUGGGUGUUGCUGGCUGUUCACUCGGGUCUAGAAGGUGCCUUCACUGUUCUCAAGCUCUUCCCAAAGAGUAUCGAGACAACCGAAGGUGGCAAUUUUCUCACGAUAAUUCUGAUGAUUAUUUUCGGAAGUUCUGUAACUUGUCUUGUAAAGAGGAAUAAAGUGAAUCUGACUCAAGCCAGAAAAUCUACCGUGGCAUUCCGUAAGUACAAAAUUCUCUGA